UUUAUCGACCAUGCUGACCAACCCCCAACGAUUGUAAACAUUAAAAAAUAAACAACAAAAUGGUCGAUCCUCUGUGUAAUUAUAAUGUUCUCGAGUCAAUAUUCUCAUACUUGGAGCUAAACGAAUUAAGUAAAUGCUCACAGGUGUGUAAAGCCUGGUACCACUUUCUGAAUGAUGAGAACAGCGAUGUCUGGCGUUGGCAUUGUCUACGCAAACUACCCAAAGAGGCCAUUAAAUCAGACCUGCUUGCGUCUCCACCUGUGUCCACAUACAAGACCAAGCUGCGAGCAUACUUACACGCUUGGAGUCCAAACGAUUGUUCCCGCAAUGUCUACAUAAAGCCCAAUGGUUUUACGCUGCAUCGCAAUCCUGUCGCACAAAGCACAGACGCAGCGAGAGGUAAAAUAGGCUUUCGAUCAGGCAGACAUGCUUGGGAAGUCAUCUGGGAAGGACCGCUGGGCACAGUGGCUGUGAUUGGUAUAUCUACAAAAGAGGCAGCCCUGCAAUGCCACGGCUAUGUUGCAUUAUUGGGCUCAGAUGAUCAGAGUUGGGGCUGGAAUCUGGUUGAGAAUCAUCUGCUUCAUAAUGGUGACAUGCAGGGUAGCUAUCCACUGUUAAAUAACGCACCCAAAUAUCAGGUUGGCGAGCGGAUACGCGUCAUACUUGAUUGCGAUGAUAACACAUUAUCAUUUGAAAAGAACUACGAGUUUCUUGGCGUAGCGUUUAGGGGCUUGCCAGAUAAGAAGCUUUAUCCAACAGUAUCUGCUGUUUAUGGCAACACUGAGGUGUCUAUGGUCUAUGUGGGCACACCGCUGGAUGGUUGAAUUCUGGAAUACAGAUGCUGCCUUAAUGCCGUACAAUUUGUAUAACAAAUGCAAUUGACUAGUAUAAAUACAGUUAAAUUUAUAUAUAUUUUGAGUUACAUUCCCACUAUAAUAAGUAAUCCCUAUAAAUGUGCAACAAAUUUGAGUCUUUGUCUAGUUUAUAGCUUCUUUUGUACAAAAAAUAUAUGUUCAUUCUGUUGAUUUUAUGAUAACACCAAAGUCAA